CUUGUCACCAUUGUCACCGUUGUCACUGUUGUUACUGUUGUCACCGUUGUCACCGUUGUCCCUGUUUUUACUGGUUUGACUGUUGUCACCGUUGUCACUGUUGUUACUGUUUUCACAGUUGUCACUGUUGUCACCGUUCUCACUGUUGUCACCAUUGUCACUGUUGUCACUGUUGUCAUCGUUGUCACCGUUGUCACUGUUGUCUAUGUUGUCACCGUUGUCACUGUUAUCACCGUUGUCACCGUUGUCACCGUUGUCACUGUUGUCACUGGUGUGACUGUUGUCACCGUUGUCACUGUUGUUACUGUUGUCACCGUUGUCACUGUUGUCACCGUUGUCACCAUUGUCACUGUUGUCACUGUUGUCUUCGUUGUCACCGUUGUCACGGUUGUGACCGUUAUCACUGUUUUCACCGUUGUCACUGUUGUCACCGUUGUCACCGUUGUCACUGUUGUCACCGUUGUCACCGUUGUCACUGUUGUCACUGUUGUCACAGCUAUUGUCACCAUUUUCACUCUUGCGACCGUUGUCACAGAUGUCACCGUUUUCACUCUUGGCACCAUUGUCACCGUUGUCACUGUUGUUACUGUUGUCACCGUUGUCACUGUUGUCAGCAUUGUCACCGUUGUCACCGUUGUCACCGUUGUCACUGUUGUCACCGUUUGCACCCUUGUCACUGUUGUCAUUGUUGUCACUGUUGUCACCGAUAUCACUGUUGUCACCGUUGUCACAAUGGUCACUGUUGUCACCGUUGCCACUGUUGUCACCGUUGUCACUGUUGUCACUGUUGUUACUGUUGUCACCGUUGUCACUGUUGUCACCGUUGUCACUGUUGUCACCAUUUUCACUGUUGUCACUGUUGUCAUUGUUGUCAACGUUGUCACUGUUGUCUGUGUUGUCACCGUUGUCACUGUUGUCACUGUUGUCAUUGUUUUCACCAUUGUCACUGUUGUCGCCGUUGUCACUGUUGUCACUGUUGUCACUGUUGUCACCGUUGUCACUGUUGUCACCGUUGUCACCGUUGUCAGCGUUGUCACUGUUGUCACUUUUGUCACUGUUGUCACUGUUGUCACAGCUAUUGUCACCGUUGUCACUGUUGUCACCGUUGUCACUGUUGUCACUGUUGUCACCAUUGUCACCGUUGUCACUGUUGUCCCUGUUGUCACCGCUGUCUCCGUUGUCACCAUUGUCACCAUUGUCACCGUUGUCACUGUUGUCACUGUUGUCACUGUUGUCACUGUUGUCACCGUUGUCACUGUUGUCACUGUUGUCACCGUUGUCACUGUUGUCACUGUUGUCACCGUUGUCACUGUUGUCACUGUUGUCACCGUUGUCACUGUUGUCACUGUUGUCACCGUUGUCACUGUUGUCACUGUUGUCACCGUUGUCACUGUUGUCACUGUUGUCACCGUUGUCACUGUUGUCACUGUUGUCACCGUUGUCACUGUUGUCACUGUUGUCACCGUUGUCACUGUUGUCACUGUUGUCACCGUUGUCACUGUUGUCACUGUUGUCACCGUUGUCACUGUUGUCACUGUUGUCACCGUUGUCACUGUUGUCACUGUUGUCACCGUUGUCACUGUUGUCACUGUUGUCACCGUUGUCACUGUUGUCACUGUUGUCACCGUUGUCACUGUUGUCACUGUUGUCACCGUUGUCACUGUUGUCACUGUUGUCACCGUUGUCACUGUUGUCACUGUUGUCACCGUUGUCACUGUUGUCACUGUUGUCACCGUUGUCACUGUUGUCACUGUUGUCACCGUUGUCACUGUUGUCACUGUUGUCACCGUUGUCACUGUUGUCACUGUUGUCACCGUUGUCACUGUUGUCACUGUUGUCACCGUUGUCACUGUUGUCACUGUUGUCACCGUUGUCACUGUUGUCACUGUUGUCACCGUUGUCACUGUUGUCACUGUUGUCACCGUUGUCACUGUUGUCACUGUUGUCACUGUUGUCACCGUUGUCACUGUUGUCACUGUUGUCACUGUUGUCACCGUUGUCACUGUUGUCACUGUUGUCACUGUUGUCACCGUUGUCACUGUUGUCACUGUUGUCACUGUUGUCACCGUUGUCACUGUUGUCACUGUUGUCACUGUUGUCACCGUUGUCACUGUUGUCACUGUUGUCACUGUUGUCACCGUUGUCACUGUUGUCACUGUUGUCACUGUUGUCACCGUUGUCACUGUUGUCACUGUUGUCACUGUUGUCACCGUUGUCACUGUUGUCACUGUUGUCACUGUUGUCACCGUUGUCACUGUUGUCACUGUUGUCACUGUUGUCACCGUUGUCACUGUUGUCACUGUUGUCACUGUUGUCACCGUUGUCACUGUUGUCACUGUUGUCACUGUUGUCACCGUUGUCACUGUUGUCACUGUUGUCACUGUUGUCACCGUUGUCACUGUUGUCACUGUUGUCACUGUUGUCACCGUUGUCACUGUUGUCACUGUUGUCACUGUUGUCACCGUUGUCACUGUUGUCACUGUUGUCACCGUUGUCACUGUUGUCACUGUUGUCACCGUUGUCACUGUUGUCACUGUUGUCACCGUUGUCACCGUUGUCACUGUUGUCACUGUUGUCACCGUUGUCACCGUUGUCACCGUUGUCACUGUUGUCACCGUUGUCACCGUUGUCACCGUUGUCACUGUUGUCACUGUUGUCACCGUUGUCACCGUUGUCACCGUUGUCACCGUUGUCACCGUUGUCACCGUUGUCACCAUUGUCACGGUUGUCACUGUUGUCACCGUUGUCACUGUUGUCACUGUUGUCACUGUUGUCACCGAUAUCACUGUUGUCACCUUUGUCACAAUGGUCACUUUUGUCACCGUUGUCAAUCUUGACACUGUUCUCACCAUUGUCACCGUUGUCACCGUUGUCAAAGUUUUCACUGCUGUCACUGUUGUCACCAUUGUCACUGUUGUCACUGUUGUCACCGUUCUCACUGUUGUCACAGCUGUUUUUACCGUUGUCAUUGUUGUCACCGUUAUCACUGUUGUCACCCUUGUCACCAUUGUCACUGUUGUCACCGUUGUCACCGUUGCCACCGUUGUUACUGUUGUCACUGUUGUCAGCAUUGUCACCAUGUUCACCAUUGUCACUAUUGCCAUCGUUGUCACAGUUCUCACCGUUGUCACUGUUGUCACCAUUGUCACCGUUGUCACCGUUGUCAGCCUUGUCACUGUUGUCAUUGUUGUCACCGUUGUCACUGGUGUGACUGUUGUCACCGUUGUCACAGUUGUCACUGUUGUCACUGUUGUCACCGUUGUCACUGUUGCCACCGUUGUCACCGUUGUCACUGUUGUCAGCGUUGUCUCCAUGUUCACCAUUGUCAGUAUUGCCACCGUUGUCACAGUUCUCACCGUUGUCACUGUUGUCACCAUUGUCUCCGUUGUCAGCGUUGGCAGCGUUGUCACUGUUUUCACUGUUGUCACCGUUGUCACUGGUGUGACUGUUGUCACCGUUGUCACAGUUGUCACUGUUGUCACCGUUGUCACCGUUGUCACUAUUGUAACUUUUGUCAACGUUGUCAUUGUUGUCACUGUUGUCACUGUUGUCAGCGUUGCCACCGUUGUCACCGUUGUCACUGUUGUCAGCGUUGUCAUCAUGGUCACCAUUGUCACCAUUGUCACUGUUGUCACCGUUGUCACCGUUGUCACCGUUGUAACUGUUGUCACCGUUCUCACCGUUGUCACCGUUGUCGCUGUUGUCACUGUUGUCACUGUUGUUGCAGUUGUCACCGUUGUCACUGUGACACUGGUUUGACUAUUGUCACUGUUGGCACCGUUGCCACUGUUGUCACUAUUGUCACCCAUGUCACCGUUGUCACUUUUGUUAGGGUUGUCAUUCUUGUCACCAUUGUCACUGUUGUCGCUGUUGUCACCGUUGUUAUUGUUGUCACCGUUGUCUUAGUUCUUACUGUUGUCACUGUUGUCACCGUUCUCACCGUUGUCACUAUUGUCAACGUUGUCACUGUUGUCACUGUUGUCACUGUUAUCACUGUUGUCACCGUUGUCACCGUUGUCACUGUUGUCACUCUAGUAACCGUUGUCACUGUUGUCACCGUUUUCACUGUUGUCACCGUUGUCAUUGUUUUCACUGUUGUCACUGUUGUCAAUGUUGUCACCGUUGUUACCGUUGUCUCUGUUGUCACUGUUGUCACCGUUGUGACUGUUGUCACCAUUGUCACCGUUGUCACUGUGGUCAUUGGUGUGACUGUUGUCACCGUUGUCACCGUUGACACCGUUGUCACUGUUGUCACCGUUGUCAUUGUUGUCACUGUUAUCACUGAUGUCACCGUUGUCACUGUUGUCACCGUUGUCACCAUUGUCACUGUUCUUACCGUUGUUACUGUUGUCACCAUUGUCACCGUUGUCACUGUUGUCACUGGUGUGACUGUUGUCACUGUUGUCACUGUUGUC